AUGUCCCCCAGGAAGAAGGGCCCCGUUUUUCGCGUUACCGGUCUCCCAGCCUUGCAGCCUGACGAUGAGCUGAACACCGCGCUGAAGACUGUCAUCGGCGACAACCUAUCGGAUGAAGAAAAAUCACAGCUAAAUAUCACUACGGCUAUCGUGCCGUCUUGCCACAACAAUGAGCAGGAAAGGAUUGCGCUAGUAGAGUUUCGGGGCGGAGUUCCCGAUUUCUUGUCCGAGCUAGUGGAGAACCCGCUGGGAGACUGGCAGGUUGAGAUGGACGAUGUGGACAUCAGCUUUGACCAACACUUUUUCGGAUUCACACAGCUGUACACACCAAAGUCAGACGCGCCGGUUACCGCAGACAUAAUCGCAAUCACCGGCCUCGACGGACACGCUUAUGGCUCAUGGAGGGGUAAGGGAAACCUUGGGCGGAUGUGGCUGCGCGACUUCCUGUCCAAGGACCUGCCAUGCUGCCGCACGAUGAUCUAUGGUUACAACUCGAAGCUGUCAAGCCAUGGGAUCGACACGAUUAUGGACUAUGGCCGGGAGCUGAUAGAGGAGCUCAAGAAGGUCCGGAACACGGAGGAGCUAAGACAACGGCCGCUCUUCUUCAUCGCGCACAGCUUUGGUGGUAUUAUCCUUGCCCACUGCCUCGUCAAGGCGGUCCAGACAAACGAAGACGAUCAUCCAACGAUAGCAACCCUCCACAGGGCUACAUACGGGAUGAUUCUGUUUGGUAUUCCACACAAAGGGCUAGUGGUAGAUGAUAUUCAGAAGAUGCUGGCUGGGCAAGACAACCAUCCGCGGAGUACGCUGCUUCAGCAGAUCAGAGAAAAAUCUGACUUGCUAGCGUUUCAGCUGGCUGAUUUCAAGAAUCUCAUCCGAGACCGGAAGAUUGUAAGCUUUUACGAGACGGGGCAGACUAGGCAGCUUGAGUUUGACAGCGAAAGCAAACGCUGGAGAAGGACUGGCGACUUCGUCACGACGGUGCACACCAACUCGGCUCUUCUCGAGCUCCCGGACUCUAUGGAGGAAAAGAUCCCUCUAGAUUCCGAUCACUCGAUGAUUGUAAAAUUUGAUAAUAAGAAUAAUCGAGGCUACACCAGUGCGCGGGAUAAGCUUAGACAGUUUGAGCAGGACGCUCCUACCGUGGUUGCGGCUCGUUUUUUGCCAGCACAAAACAGACCCAAGCCGUCUAUGAUGGUCCCGUUCCAGAGGGAUAACGCGUUCGUGGGCCGAAAGGACAUCAUUGCAAAGAUACUUGAGCAUGAACAAGCAGCCUCUGACGACCACACCCGGGUAGCCCUUGUCGGUCUAGGAGGCGUGGGGAAGUCCCAGAUUGCUAUCGAGCAUGCAUACAGAGUCAGGGAGUCUGCACCACAAACUUGGGUGUUUUGGGUACAUGCGGCAAAUGCUGCCCGAUUCGAGCAAGCCUACAGGGACAUUGCUAACAAGGCCGAAAUCCCCGGACGCGAGGACCCAAAGGCUGAUAUCCUCCAACUUGUAAAUAACUGGCUUCGCGAUGAGAGAAACGGCCGAUGGCUCAUGGUACUCGACAAUGCUGACGACGGCGAAGAUUUCUUCAGCCACACGAGGCCGCUUGAAAGCUUCCUCGCCCAAACAUCGAAUGGAAGAAUCCUCAUUACCUCAAGGAACAGAAUUGCGGCAAUGAAUCUCGUCGGGCCGCACGGUAGCAUCGUCCAGGUGGAGCCGAUGGAUGAAGAGGACGCGCUAGCGCUGCUCAACACUAGAGUGCCAUUUAGCGAGUCCAGUAAAGCUGAUGCAAAGACGCUUGUCCAGGCUCUAGAACGCAUACCUCUUGCAAUUACCCACGCUGCGGCGUACAUCAAGACAAGAGCACCCAUGACAACUAUAUCGGGCUACCUCGGGCUGUUCCAGGAGAGCGAGGCAAAUCAGGUGCGUCUCCUAGGAAAGGAGGGAUUAAAAGACCUUCGGCGAGACAACAGCAUACGACAUGCAGUUAUCGCGACCUGGCAGAUCUCGUUCACCCAGAUCCAGAAGACGGAGCAGUCAGCUGUAGAUUUGCUUGCGUUGAUGAGCAUGUUCGAUAGACAGGGGAUUCCGAUAUCCUUGCUGCGAAACGGCACCAGCCAACUAGACUUUGACGAUGCUCUGGCGCCGUUGCAAAGCUUCUCCCUUGUGCGGGUAGAGAUCGGAAAGCAGUCGUUUGAAAUGCACCGUCUAGUUCAGCUAUCAAUGAGAAAGUGGCUUGAGGCGGACAAGCAACUAAAUAAAUGGACAAAGGAGUCGAUAAGGGUUCUAACUGCGGCAUUUCCCAGCGGAGACUAUACGACAUGGGCAGACUGCCAAGCACUCUUCCCCCACGCAAGAGAAACUAUUGGCCAUGUAACAGGAGAUGAGGAGGAUGUGUUAAAUCAGGCAAAGAUUGCCUUCAGAGCAGGCCGGUUCCUGCUCCUUAGAGGCGAGUACAACACUGCAGAGAAAGUUUUCCGAAUGUCAGUAGAGGCAAGAAGAAAGGUCCUGGGGCCAGAGCACCCAACUACGCUCACCAGCGUCAACAACCUUGGGUCGGUAUUGGAGAGGCAGGGCAAGUAUGAGGAGGCGGAGGCGAUGCAACGGCAAGCGAUGAAAGCGAGAGAGAAGGCCCUGGGGCCAGAGCACCUAGAUACGCUCAACAGCGUCAACAACCUUGGGUUGGUAUUAAAGGGCCAGGGCAAGUAUGAAGAGGCAGAGGCGAUGCAUCAGCGAGCGCUAAAAGGAUAUAAGAAGGUCCUAGGGCCAGAGCACUCAGAUACGCUCGCCAGCGUCAGCAACCUUGGGUCGGUAUUGGAGAGGCAGGGCAAGUAUGAGGAGGCGGAGGCGAUGCACCGGCGAGCGCUGAAAGGAUAUAAGAAGGUCCUGGGGCCAGAGCAUCCAUAUACGCUCACCAGCGUCAACAACCUUGGGUCGGUAUUGGAGAGGCAGGGCAAGUAUGAAGAGGCGGAGGCGAUGCAUCAGCGAGCGCUAAAAGGAAGAGAGAAGGUCCUGGGGCCAGAGCAUCCAUCUACACUCAACAGCGUCAACAACCUUGGGUCGGUAUUGGAGAGGCAGGGCAAGUAUGAGGAGGCGGAGGCGAUGCACCGGCGAGCGCUGAAAGGAUAUGAGAAGGUCCUAGGGCCAGAGCACCCAACUACGCUCACCAGCGUCAGCAACCUUGGGUGGGUAUUGGAGAGGCAGGGCAAGUAUGAGGAGGCGGAAGCGAUGAAACGGCAAGCGAUGAAAGCGAGAGAGAAGGUCCUAGGGCCAGAGCACCCAGAUACGCUCGCCAGCGUCAGCAACCUUGGGUCGGUAUUGGAGAGGCAGGGCAAGUAUGAGGAGGCGGAGGCGAUGCACCGGCGAGAUCUAGAGGGAUCAGAGAAGGUCCUGGGGCCAGAGCACCCAGAUACGCUCGCUAGCGUCAGCAACCUUGGGUGGGUGUUGGAGAGGCAGGGCAAGUAUGAAGAGGCGGAGGCGAUGCACCGGCGAGAUCUAGAGGGAUCAGAGAAGGUCCUGGGGCCAGAGCACCCAGAUACGCUCGAUAGCGUCAACAACCUUGGGUUGGUGUUGAAGGGCCAGGGCAAGUAUGAGGAGGCGGAGGCGAUGCACCGGCGAGCGCUGAAAGGAUAUGAGAAGGUCCUAGGGCCAGAGCACCCAACUACGCUCACCAGCGUCAACAACCUUAGGUCGGUAUUAGAGAGGCAGGGCAAGUAUAAGGAGGCGGAGGCGAUGCACCGGCGAGAUCUAGAGGGAUCAGAGAAGGUCCUAGGGCCAGAGCACCCAGAUACACUCGCCAGCGUCAGCAACCUUGGGUGGGUGUUGGAGAGGCAGGGUAAGUAUGAGGAGGCGGAGGCGAUGCACCGGCGAGAUCUAGAGGGAUUAGAGAAGGUCCUGGGGCCAGAGCACCUAGAUACGCUCACCAGCGUCAGCAACCUUGGGUGGGUAUUAGAGAGGCAGGGUAAGUAUGAAGAGGCGGAGGCGAUGCAUCAGCGAGCGCUGAAAGGAAGAGAGAAGGUCCUAGGGCCAGAGCAUCCAUCUACGCUCAACAGCGUCAACAACCUUGGGUGGGUAUUGGAGAGGCAGGGUAAGUAUGAAGAGGCGGAGGCGAUGCAUCAGCGAGCGCUGAAAGGAAGAGAGAAGGUCCUGGGGCCAGAGCAUCCAUCUACACUCAACAGCGUCAACAACCUUGGGUCGGUAUUGGAGAGACAGGGCAAGUAUGAGGAGGCGGAGGUGAUGCACCGGCGAGAUCUAGAGGGAUCAGAGAAGGUCCUGGGGCCAGAUUGA